GAGAAUGGUGACUGGGGAUACAUGGUCAGUUGCAAUACACUUACAGACUAAAAUGCCAAAACCUAAGAUGACCCGUCCAGUUACUCUAAAUGUAGGUGGCCAUUUGUACACCACUUCUUUGUCCACACUUCAGCGUUACCCAGACUCACUGUUGAGUGCCAUGUUCAGUGGAGAUUUUCCCAUAGCUCGAGAUUCCCAGGGCAACUAUUUCAUUGACCGGGAUGGGACUUUGUUCCGUUAUGUCUUAAAUUUUCUGAGAACGUCAGAAUUGACUCUGCCAUACAACUUCAAGGAGAUAGAGCUCCUGCGUAAGGAAGCUGAUUUUUAUCAGAUUGAGCCACUGGUCCAAUGCCUAAAUGACACUAAACCGGACUCACCCUACCCUUUGGACACGUUUGAGCAGGUGGUGGAACUCUCUAGCACUCGUAAGCUUUCCAAAUACUCUAACCCUGUGGCUGUCAUCAUCACACAGCUCACCAUCACCACCAAGGUUCACGCUUUGCUUGAAGGCAUCUCCAAUAGCUUCACAAGGUGGAACAAACACAUGAUGGACACAAGAGACUUUCAAAUCUCGUUCACAUUUGGACCUUGUGACCACCACCAGGAAGUGUCUCUGAGGGUUCACCUUGUAGAAUAUAUAUCUAAGCAAGGUUUCACCAUCAGGAACACACGAGUACUUCAUAUCAGUGAGAGAGCCAAUGAGACCACAGUAGAACACCACUGGACUUUUUGCCGACUGGCACAGAAGGCUGAGGACUGA